CCGAACAAGAAAAAGUCAUAAAAACCCGGGUUUACAUUAUGCUAUUGUUUGGGAACUUGCUAUUUUCCGAAGGGACGGGAAAUAGCAUAAACUUUAUGUACUUGAGUUUGCUCGGGGACAUUGAUAGAAUAAGCACAUAUAGUUGGGGUUCUGCAGUAUUAGCAUUCCUAUAUAGCUCUUUGUGUAAAAAUGCACAAAAUGAGCACUGUACAUUUUCUGGAUGUGCUUUCUUGCUCCAAACAUGGGGGUGGUGGAGAUUGCCGAGGCUAGCCCCAGAAAAUCCUAAUGUCUACUCCUUCCCCUACGCAACUAGGUUCAUUGCAACCGGACUGGAUUACAGUCUUACCCCCAAAAAUAAAAUUAUAUUUUAUCGUCAACUCUUGGAUCGUCUCCGAGCACAAGAUGUAUUACCACUAAAUCACUCAGCUUCUAACUGAUUUAUUAAUAUCAUGCAUUCUCGAUAAAUAACAUUUUUACUUUUUUCUUUGCAGUUUAUUUGGAGGCCAUAUUUGGGAUUGGAACAUCAACCCAACCCCGAAGAUGCAGCUGUUUGGACAGCAAAAACGGCCAUAAUGCGGUUCACCACUGUGGAGAUGCACCAAAGUGACCGUGUCAAGCUUCAAUUCGGAAUGCAUCAAGAAAUCCCAGGCCCCCCAAUGUCUAUGGAACCUUGGCAUCUAAAAAAAGUCAGCCACCAGUGGUAUGCCCAAAAUUGGAAGGAAUUUGCUAAGGAGUUUCGUAAAAUGUGGAAAGACCGUGCCCACUAUGUUCUACAAUUUCCGGUGGCGCCCAACGAAAUGAAGCCGACAAGGGAAUAUGUGGAUUGGUAUAGAGCAAAUACAAAUCCAGAAAUGAUUGUGUCUGACCCGUUCUAUUUGGACGAUCCCCGGAUGCAACAGCCAUAUUUCCAACAACAACAACCACCACAGUAUUCCCAACAACAACAACCACCACAG